GAGUGGAGUGGGGGGGUGCGAAACGAACGGAAGGGGACGUACAGGAAAGGAAAGGGCCGCACAAACACGUCACUGGAGGAAACAGAACAAGCACUGGGAAAUAUUUAAUUCCCACAAUUAUUUAUUCAACCCCAGGUCUGGUGUGCGUGUGUCCGUGAGGCUAUCGCAGUUUAAAGCGCAACUUCCUCUCCAGUCAUCGGUGAGUGCUCCUCUAUCGUCAGCCCGCACAGGAGGGCUGACUCUGUCACACAGCCGCUGAACUUCCCGUCAAGACACGGCACAGGCGAGAAGAGCUGCUGCUGCUGCUGACAAAAAAAAGGGGAACGAGAUCGGGGGUUGACAAGAGGAGAGGACACACUCCAGUCCACAAGGCUCCUGGGCAAAGAAACGGUGCCAUUGUCCUCAAGCUGAGGGCGAGCAGAGCGGAGACUGUUCUGGUGCUCGGCUAAUUAGCCUGCGUGGGUCCCUGCAGAGAGAGACGGAGCAGCUAGCUGCAGCACAAAGCGGUCACUGAGGUGCUUGCUUUAGCCUCAAUCGGGACGUUUAUCUUUAAACCGAUGCUAGGUUCACUGAUGGGAGCCUUUAUCCGAUAAUCAUCCCUCCCUCCCUACACCCCCCCCCCCCCCCCCCCCGUCGGACCCCGGCUCGGAUUCACCACUCGGGCGCAGUCGUCGUCGGGGGGUGCCCGGAUCACCAUCUCCCCGGUCCAGCUCAACUCCAGGCGCCGGUUCGGUCCCCCUGACCCCUGCGCUGCCGCGCCUGUCUGUCGCUCUGGCCGACCCUAGCCGAGACCGAACAUGGCAGGGAACCUGAAGAAAGGUGGGGGACUCAUCGGAAUGAUGAAGGAUGCCUUCCAGCCACACCAUAACCACCUCCACUCCCACCAUCAGCCCGGGGCCGUGGACAAAAAGACGGUGGAGAAAUGCUGGAAACUAAUGGACAAGGUGGUGCGCCUGUGUCAAAACCCCAAAUUGGCUUUGAAGAACAGCCCCCCUUACAUCCUGGACCUGCUGCCAGACACCUACCAGCACCUGCGCACCAUUUUGUCUCGCUACGAGGGCAAAAUGGAGAUACUGGGGGACAACGAGUACUUCCGUGUCUUCAUGGAGAACCUCACCAAGAAGACCAAGCAGACCAUCAGCUUGUUUAAGGAGGGCAAGGAACGCAUGUACGAGGAGAACUCGCAACCCAGGCGGAACCUCACCAAGCUGUCGUUGAUCUUCAGCCACAUGCUGGCUGAGCUGAAGGCCACCUUCCCCAACGGUCUGUUUCAGGGGGACAACUUCCGCAUCACCAAGGCAGACGCUGCAGAGUUCUGGAGGCGCGCCUUCGGGGACAAGACGAUUGUGCCUUGGAAGAUGUUCCGUCAGUCGCUCCAUGAGUUUCAUUCCAUCAGCUCAGGACUGGAGGCCAUGGCCCUCAAGUCCACCAUAGACCUCACCUGCAAUGAUUACAUCUCUGUCUUUGAGUUUGACAUCUUCACCAGGCUAUUCCAGCCUUGGUCGUCCCUGCUGCGGAACUGGAACAGCUUGGCAGUUACUCACCCGGGGUACAUGGCCUUCCUCACCUACGAUGAGGUCAAAGCACGGCUACAGAAGUUCAUCCACAAGCCUGGCAGUUACAUCUUCCGACUGAGCUGUACACGGCUGGGCCAGUGGGCCAUCGGCUACGUGACAGCAGAUGGCAACAUACUCCAAACUAUUCCCCACAACAAACCGCUCUUCCAGGCCCUCAUAGAUGGCUUCAGGGAAGGAUUCUAUUUAUUCCCCGAUGGCCGGACCCAAAAUCCAGAUCUGACGGGACUGUGUGAGCCUUCGCCUCAAGACCACAUCAAAGUCACACAGGAGCAAUAUGAGCUGUACUGUGAGAUGGGCUCCACUUUUCAGCUGUGCAAGAUCUGUGCCGAGAACGACAAGGAUGUGAAGAUCGAGCCCUGUGGUCAUCUCAUGUGCACCUCCUGUCUCACUGCCUGGCAGGAGUCGGAGGGUCAGGGAACGGGAUGCCCCUUCUGUCGCUGUGAGAUUAAGGGUACAGAGCCCAUUGUUGUGGAUCCUUUUGACCCCAAAGACAAUAGCGGGGGGUCGUCCAGGGGCCUAUUUGGGGCCGAGGGCGCUCCAUCACCCAGCUAUGACGAUGAUGAUGACGACAGACUUGAAGACCCCCACCUCAUGAUGAGCAAACUUGCCUUCUCAAAGGUGGAGCGCCCCCCAUCACCUAUGUCCAUGGCUCCUCAGUCCUCUCUUCCCCCUGUGCCGCCCAGACUAGACCUGCUAUCACACAGACCUCCAAACCCCCCUGGAGCCUCCAGCCCCGGGGUCACCAGUAAGGCAGCAUCUCACCACAAAGACAAGCCUCUUCCCCUCCCCCCAGCGCUGCGGGAUCUACCCCCUCCUCCUCCAGACCGCCCCCACACAGCCGGGGCAGCCCCCGACGGACGGCUGCAGAGGCGGCCCUUACCCUGCACUCCCGGGGAGCCCACUCGAGAGAAGCUGCCUCCUGCACCCCCAAACCGGCCCCCGGCUGAGUGGAACUCCCGUCCCGUUCCCAAGGCGCCCACCUCUUCUUCUUCCUCGUCGUCCUCCUCGGCAUCCUCAUCCACCCAAGUCUCCGGUCUGGGAGUGGACAUUCGAGCAGGUGUCAGGGAACUCUCCAACCGACACUCCCUCCCCUUGGCGCUGCCUUCUGCUCUGGACACGCGGUCCGACUCGCACAAGAACAACAGCUCCCUCAGUCUGGAUCACCAGCUGAAUUUUGCGGCAGUAUCCGGUCAAGAUUAUGACAACGCCAAAGUCAAGCCCUCAUCCUCAGCCAACGCCAUCUAUUCACUGGCGAUCAGACCUUCUCCAGCCCAGAGGUCAGUGACAGGAGAGGAGGCACGUAACAGCGAGGAGGAGUCAGAGUACAUGAUCCCCUCCUCUCGUCCCGUCCUGCCCCCCAUCACGGCAGCACCUGUAGGGGAGACCCCACCGGUCCCGAGACCUCCUCAGCCUCUAGCAGCACUCCAGAUACAGAACCAAGCUACUGCAUUCAACUCACGGCUGACAAUGGCUGAACUAGAUGGACCUCAAAUGUAUGAAGCCAUGUACAACAUCCAGGCCAGGUCACAACAAGCCAGAGAUUCAGACUAUUCAGAGUUGCCCCCUCUGGCGAUGACCAAUGGCCCAAGAGAACAUGUAGCCGAGGACAAGGAGGAGGAGGAGAACUGCUACGACUUCCCAAAGCCCCGGCUGCCAAUGCUUACGACUCGACGGACCCUUUCAGAACUGGCGGGGUCGUCUUCCUCCUCUUUAUCAUCCUCGUCAAGCUCAUCCUCCACAGCUGCUUUCAGCCACCUUUCUCUAGAUUCGGAUGCUGGAGCUGCAGCGCCCUUCUCCGAGCCGGUGGAAGCCCCAGAGAGACCUCCGAAGCCUCUGCCCAGACGAAUCAACUCGGAGCGCAGAGCCAGCCCCGUCCCGCCCGUCCCUGCUCCGCCCAGUGGUGGAGCAGCAGCAGGAGGAGAAGAAGAAGCCAACCCCCAAAUCAGUUGUGAAAUCGAGCACCUCUUGAGUGAGGGAUACUCUUACCAGGACAUCCAGAAAGCGCUGUUGAUUGCACAGAACAAUGUUGAAAUGGCUAAGAAUAUCCUACGCGAGUUUGUCUCCAUUCCCUCCACCGCGCACAUUCUUACAUAGCACACUCCUCUCGUGCGUCUCUCUCGUUUGCUCUCUCGCCCUAGCUUGGCCCGGCCCCGGUUGGGUUUCGGUUGGCACGGCCCGGCCCAAAGCCCGUUGCCUGCAGUACUACCUCCGGUGCUGGCUUGACGCCCCUACAUCCCUGGGGAUUUUGAACUGGCUCGUUACACCAGUGUCUCUGGGACUUUGCGCCCCUGCACUCCAUGCGCUUUCAACAGUGUCCGGCCUUCUUUAAACUGCUAUAGCAGGCCUCUUCGUCUUCGUCAUCUCUGCGGCAGGUACCGAGCAUGCGUGGAACAACGAGCGGACGCCAAAUGGUGACGGACUUUCGUAGGAAUCCCGGGAAGACGGAUCGUUAUUCCCCUGAAAAUGUAACCAACACCUCACAAAAAAACUAAAAAUGUAUGUCUAUAUGAAAAUUUAAUAUAUGAGUAAAUAUAUAUUAAAUGUGUGUAAUAUAUACAGUAUGUAAAAAUGACUUCAGCUUUGAGGGUCGCUGUUGGUACAAGUGAUAUCGGUAGGCGGGGACCAUUUUCUCAGACUGAGGGAUGAAAUACACGUGAGGAAGAGUCAGGAUGUCUUCCUCACCGCGACGCGUCAGUUUAGAAGAUGUGCAGCAGAGCUUUUUUCAUUAUGAAGUCAGUCUGUUAUGGCCUUUGAUUAACAACGUUGCUUUGGUACUUUUUUCUUUUUUUUUUAGAAAAACAUGCUUGUUUUGUCGUGUUGUAUUUUUCAAAGUAGCAUGGCGAUGGUUUCAGGUCUGGGCUGUUGUCUGGCAGCGUGUGUUUAUACGUGUGAGUUUGUGUGUACGUGAGUAUGCAUGCGUGUGCGUGUCUGCCAGACCUACUCCUCACGACCCUCUCUCUUAAAUGAACCCCCCUGUUCCUGUACAACAUGAAUGUGGAAUUACAGUCCGUAUACUCCGACCCGUGCUCUGUAAACGUACUGCUUCUCUGUACGGCAGCGAGAUUAUUAGAGGACGUGCUAACGUUGACGACCCUGCAGUACCAGACUAGUGUUGUGUGACCCGUGGUGGCUGAAAUGUUUUCGUUGUGUCUUUGUCUCACGUCAUUGGCUGGCUGAUUACAAUUCUGUCUCCAGCUCAGUCCAGUGUUAUGAAACAACAAAAAAGAUGACAUUGAUUUACUUAGGUAAUAUUUUAUCGUAAUAUGAUCAUAAAUAUUGUUGUUAUAAUUCAUUCAGAAGUGCUUCACUGCUGCUACUAUUGUUAGUGCAAAACAAUUAAGCCUUAAAUGUACAUUUGUGAAUACUGUGUUUACCAGUCGCCCUGUUUCUUUAGAGUGACGGUAUCAUCUGCAUGUCUCUGGUCCGUGAUGUAGCAUACUUGAAAGUACUAACGACGUGGGAGCCUGCAGCCCUCUCAAGCUGUCGACUCUUCAGUCUUUAAAACUCUUUUUUUUUUUUAAAUAUAUAUAUUCUCUGUGAUUCUCUACAGGUAGACUGUUAAAUAUAGCAAACUAGAUGCUAUGGAAACCAGACAUUUUGUAGGAGAUUCAGGCUUCUCUCGCUCUCAUUAGUCUCCUUUCUCUGCGGCGGUUCACCGCCACUGACUGGAAGUGACUGCAGAGGCUUUUGAAAAAAAGAGUAGGCUCAUGGGUUCACUGGCCCACCCCCAAGUCUCCAUUAAAAUCAGUAUUUGGGCCAACUGUAAGAGCUAACUCAGGUAUAAUGUUCAUCUGAACAAGUUCACCAGAGGAGACUCGCUGGCAUGAACAGCAGCUCACCUGCCGACUCUUCCUCCAGCUGACAUGUAGCUGAAAGUAUCUGCUUAAUGAAGUCACACAAGUAGCCGAUUUCUUUUUAUCACAUAACUUUAUAACUUGCACAUUGUUCCUUUUAUUUCCAAUGUCGGUUGGACUAAAACAGCAGCUUGAUUUCCAGGUACUAUGAAUGAAUAAGGAACUUGGACGUACAUUGACUUGAACCUCUCCCAGCAUAUGAAGAAGAAUGUUUUUUGGGGGAGGGUUUAAGUCAUGUCAAUAGCCAAUCAGCACGUGCUUAUUCUGGGUAAUGCUCUCUGUUGACUGGAAGCUAUCUCUGGCCAUCCUCUAGUCCGUUCUGUCCCCUGUUCCUACUUGCCUUGAGAAACUUCUUGAAUGAUGGGUAAUGGACGGGGAGGUCCCCAAUCCUCAAUACCAAUGUUUUGUUUAUGCUUUGAGGACAGCAUGUCAUUGUUGGUAUUCUUUUUUGGGGGAUUUCUCACAAUAUACCAAUUUGUGCUUUGAUACUGUCAUUCUAAAGAAAAAUCUAAUUGUGCAAAGUCGGUAAUAUGAAAAGAAAAAAAUGUCUUUUAUUUCAUUUUGCAUUCCUGUAAAAGUAUUUUUUUUUUUCCAAAGGUUUUGUAUAAUUCUGUGAGCAGUGCCAUAUGUUAGGAGAUCCUCACCACGUGUAGAGUAAGGAGUAGAGUGUUGUUCUGUACCUGGUGAUCUCAGAAGGCUAGAUUGCUUGUAUUAAUCUGUCGCGUCAAGCCUCCUCUUGGAGCACAGUUGUUGAUCUGGGAGAAAGGUCCCCCUUUACUUUCUUACCUGAAAGAUAAACCAGGUCCCAGAUCAGCACUCGGCCUCAGAGAUGCUCGAUGCGUACCAGCCCGUUGCCCUCGGUCCCUGUGUUUGGGGUACUUCAGCUUUCUGCCAGAAGAGAGAGCUGCUGUUCCAUGUGGUGUCGCGUCUCAUCAUUGCGAGUCAUUCAUUCACUUUUUGAUGUUUUUUAAAGCUCAUAUCACUUUGGAAGUCUGCACAGUGCUGUUAAUAAAAUGAUAAGUAAAGGUUA